CUUUUGAUAUGAUGUCAAGGUCGAAAAAUGUGUCCAGCUCCAAUCCAGCUCCAUAGAGGAUUCGUUUGAUCUUCAUCCACGACGAACAUGGCUGAACUGAUGCCAGCCAAACGAGACGUCCAGAAUCACCUCCUCUUUGAGUGCGCCUGGGAGGUCGCAAACAAGGUCGGCGGUAUCUACACCGUCAUCAAGACAAAAGUGCCCGUCACCGUUGCAGAGUAUGGCGACAGAUAUACCCUCAUCGGCCCCCUUAUCUACAAGACUGCCCCCUUGGAGGUGGAAGCGCUUGAACCCGAAGACCCUGCCCUUGCCGCCUCUCUCGAGCAAAUGCGCGCCCAAGGUGUGAAGUCCCUCUACGGUCGCUGGCUCAUCGAAGGCGCUCCUCGCGCCCUUCUCUUUGAUACGGGGAGUGCCUUCCAUCGUCUGGACGAGUGGAAAGGCGACCUUUGGAACAUCGCAGGCAUACCCUCCCCUCCUAACGACACCGAGACCAAUGACGCCAUUCUGUUCGGCUAUCUUGUGGCUUGUUUCCUGGGCGAGUACGUCUCACGGCAAGUCGACACUGCAGUCGUCGCUCACUUCCAUGAGUGGCAGGCUGGUGUCGCAAUCCCGAUCUGCAGGAAACGGCAGAUCGACGUCACCACCGUCUUUACAACACACGCGACCCUCCUAGGUCGCUAUCUCUGUGCUGGCAAUGUCGACUUCUACAACAAUCUCCAGUACUUUGAUGUCGACCAUGAAGCCGGAAAACGUGGCAUAUACCACCGAUACUGCAUCGAACGUGCAUCCGCACACUGCACAGAUGUAUUCACCACCGUGUCUCAUAUCACAGCUUACGAGGCAGAGUAUCUCCUCAAACGCAAACCGGACGGUAUCUUGCCCAACGGCCUCAACGUCGUCAAAUUCCAAGCGAUGCAUGAAUUUCAGAACCUGCACGCCACCGCCAAGGCAAAGAUACACGAGUUCGUCCGUGGCCACUUCUAUGGCCACUACGACUUUGACCUCAACAAUACAAUUUAUAUGUUCAUUGCUGGUCGCUACGAAUACCGCAACAAGGGUGUUGACAUGUUCAUCGAAUCGUUAGCCCGUCUCAAUUAUCUUCUGAAGAAAUCCGGUUCAAAGAUGACGGUGGUUGCCUUUAUCAUUAUGCCCGCCGCCACGAACUCGUAUACCAUUGAGGCUCUUAAAGGACAGGCUGUGAUGAAGCAGCUCCAAGACACCGUUUCUGAGAUCCAAAAGCGCAUCGGGGUACGCUUGUUUGAUCACGCCGCAAGAUUCAAUGGGGAAGGGAAGUUCGAACUGGCACCCUCCGACCUAAUCUCUACGGAAGACCAGGUUCUUAUGAAACGGCGGAUAUUCGCUCUCAAGCGCAGCUCGCUUCCCCCGGUCGUUACCCACAACAUGAUAGAUGAUGGUAACGAUCCGAUUCUUAACCAGAUUCGUCAAGUGAAGCUCUUCAACACACCCGAAGAUCGUGUCAAGAUUGUUUUCCACCCCGACUUUUUAAACGCCAACCAUCCGAUCUUGGGCCUUGAUUACGAAGAGUUCGUCAGGGGCUGUCAUUUGGGUGUAUUCCCGAGCUACUACGAGCCUUGGGGAUACACUCCCGCCGAAUGCACGGUGAUGGGAGUGCCGUCGAUUACUACCAACCUGUCUGGGUUUGGAUGUUUCAUGCAAGACAUGAUUGAGAGUCCCGAGGACGAAGGUUGUUACAUUGUUGAUCGCCGUUUGCUGUCCGUGGAGGAAUCUGUCAGCCAGCUUGCGAACUACCUAUUCGCCUUCUGCAGCAAGACGCGGAGACAGCGCAUCAACCAGCGAAACCGGGUUGAGCGGCUUAGUCCCCUGCUUGAUUGGAAGAACUUGGGUGUGGAGUAUUCGAAAGCACGGCAGCUGGCAUUAAGGCGGGCAUACCCAGACGCUUUCGUGAACUCCAACGGGGAAUCAGAGGAGGAAGAGGACUACUUCAGUGCUGGGCCCGAGCGGUACCACCCGACGUCAGUUCCCGCAAGCCCGCGUCUGCGCAUCACUGGAUUAGCCACUCCUGGGGACAUGGGGACCUUGACGGAAGAGAUGCAACGUCUGAAUACAAGCGACUAUCGUGGAUUUGGUUUCCCGAAGUCGGCCGAAGACGAGGAUGAAGGAUACCCCUUCCCCCUCGUCCUGAAGAUGCGCUCCCGUGGGAGCUCUAUGCAUUCUGGGGUAAGUACGCCUGCACCAGGAGGGGCAGCAAAGAGUUUGAGCGAGAGGGACUUGCAAAAAGCAGAUGCUGCACUGAACCAGGUGAAUAGUGGUAAGGCUAUAUGAGCGAGGCAGACUCAGACACAUGUCAUCCUUGUAAUACAUAUGUUCCAGGACGCGUAAGCUAGUCCUGGUCUGUUGUCAUGCUCUCCCGUGACGGGCCGGCUUAAGGGGGAGGGGGGAACUUUCUCAUGACACUUCAUGAUGAUGUCACACACUGGCGGUUUCGUUGUUAUCACGUGCUCUAGGCCAUCAGCAAAGUUACAAGUAGCCUGCUUGUCUGAUCUGUCUGAUUUAGUCUGACAAACUUUAGUACAAUUCAUUUGAACUCUUG